GCCCCUCCCUCCAUAGUUCGGCUUUCGCAAACAACAUGCUCUACAGCUCCCCAGGAUGGCGCGCGUAACGUCUGUCUUAGAUUCCAAGUAUGCUUUCGCAAGCUUCAGCUCAAGCGCUCACGCGGCUCCGUGCAUAUGCACCACCGCCGACGACCUACAAUAAGCUCCCACUCACGCGCCGUGCCGCUGUCUUGAUCCUCCUCUUCCCAGAUCGUCAUGGCGAACUCAAAGUCGUACUCACGAUGCGCGCCGCUACCCUCCGCAACUAUGCGGGACAGGCGGCGCUCCCCGGCGGCAAAGCCGACACGCUCGACGAGAAACCAUUCGAGACGGCGCGCAGAGAAGCCUACGAAGAAAUCGGCCUCCCCACAACCGACACCAAGCUCCCGCCCGGCUUCCGCGUCGAACACCUCUGCGAGCUCCCCGCCAACCUCGCAAAGACCGAGUUGGGCGUCCGGCCAUGCGUCGCCUUCCUGUGCCCCUCGGCGACGCCCGCAUCCACCGGGACCCAGAGCGCUGCCGACGUCGAAGAGAAGAUGAUCCCAAGGCUCGAUCCCAAGGAAGUCGCCGCCGUCUUCACCGCGCCCUUUGCACAGUUCUUGCAGAAGGAGUGGACGAGGAAUGAGCCCGGGCCGGUGAACGGCAAGGGCGGGAGGCACAGCUGGUACCGUGGGACGUGGACGGAUUGGCACGAGUCGCGCUGGCGCAUGCACAAUUUCUACAUCCCGAAGCCGCCGCCUUCGGCGUCCGCGUUGCGGCGCAACCCGUCGCAUUCGCAGGCCUCACAGACACCUAGAUCGCAGGACCAGCCUGAGGGCGACGAUCCCCGCCCCGAGCCCACCGUCUUCGAAGACCUGCAGAAUUUCAGGGUGUUUGGUAUGACGGCGAGGAUUUUGGUGGAUGCAGCGAGGGUGGCGUACGGGGAGGAGCCGGAGUUCGAACACAACAGCCAUUUUGGAGAUGAGGAGAUGCUGGAGCGGUUGUUGAAGGUGGGGCGGUUGAGUGAGGUUAGGAAGAAGGGAGAGGAGCUGAACAGAGAGGUGUUGGAGAAGGCGAUGAAGGAGACAAGUAAAAUAUAGAUGUAUACUAGGUGGAUACAUGCCAUCGUGGAUAGACUUAGUACAUGAUGCAUUUUCG